UCAUACAAAUGAAUGUACGCAUGUACAUAUGUAUACGUAUGUAUGUAACAUAAAACUGCGCACUGGACACUUUUGUGUGAUCGACGAUCGACUGAAGUGGGACCGAAAUUCAGUUUUUAAAGGGAGCUGAAAGUGAACAGACGCAGAUAAAAAGCUCUGAAUUCAAGAUGAGUGGCAGAGAUCCAUGGAACAGCAAAUAUCAAUACCAGUGCCAAUACAAGACGUAUGGCAAUAAUGGUGGCCAAGGCCAAGCCGGAGCCAAAGGCGGCAGCAACCCUGCCAUAGCCCCGCCUCCAAAUAGGGGCAACAACUCGAACUCUCGCGGAGCACUCUGCACUGAGACGAAGUAUCAGGUGACGGUCACCCAUCGUGAAUUCCACGCGGCUCCCGCAGGCGUCAGGAAUCAAGGAGCAGUCGAGUAUGGCGGACAAGGCGGCAGCAAUUAUAAAGCCGUUCAGCAAAAUGGAGCCGCCACAUCGAAUUCGCGUGGGGCUCGCAGAGCAGAGCUUGCAUAUGAACGUCGGGCCCAGGCCACAGUCGAUGCCAUUGAUCGCGAAUUGGGAAAGGAUCCCGCAUACCACAAGUGGAUAGCCCAGGAGCGUGGAGAAGACUUUUAUUAUUAAAUAUUGCUUCAAAUG